AUGAACAAUGGUACAGCAAACAAUAAUAGCUUAGAUCAGCAAUUUGCUGGUAUGAGCCUUAACAAUAACAGUGGAAGUAAUCCUCCUCAAUCUCGUUAUGUUCCUCCUCACUUGAGAAAUCAAGCUAAUCGUAUAGAUCGAUCCGCCCAACAACCCUCUGACGGACCAUCUUACACUCCUAAAAACAACGGUUGGAGUGAUUGGAAUGGAGGUAACCGCAGUCGUGGCGGUUGGAAUUCCUCCUACUCUGAUAUGCCUCGUGGCGGUGGCCGUUAUGGCGGUGGAGGUCGUUCUGAUUUUUAUGAACGCGGAUCUUAUGGUGGUUAUCGUCGUCAUCAACAAGACGGCGGAUAUCAACGUCGUGACGAAACUCAAGGUUACUGGAAAGAUGGUGUUCAUCACAUCGGUAACCGUAAUCCUCGUACGGAAAGGGAUCUGUUCGGUACUCAAGAUGAUACCUUAACUCAACACACCGGUAUCAACUUCGAAAAGUACGAUGAUAUUCCUGUCGAAGCUAGUGGUCAUGAUUGUCCCGAAUGUAUCAACACUUUCACUUCGCCUCCUAUUGAUCCUCAUCUUUUGAGUAACAUCGAAUUAGCCCGAUACACCACCCCCACACCUGUUCAAAAAUAUUCUAUUCCUAUCGUUAACGCCGGUAGAGAUUUAAUGGCCUGUGCUCAAACCGGUUCUGGUAAGACCGGUGGUUUCCUUUUCCCUGUUCUUUCUGAACUUUUCACAAAGGGUCCAAAGACCCCUGCUGUAGAUGAAGAUCAACCACAGCGCGGUUACCGCCCUCGUAAGGCACACCCUCAAGUUUUAAUCUUGGCUCCUACUCGUGAAUUGGUGUCUCAAAUUUAUGAUGAAGCUAAGAAAUUUGCUUAUCGUUCUUGGGUCAAGCCUGCAGUUGUUUACGGUGGUGCUGACAUUGGUGCUCAGAUCCGCAACAUUGAACAUGGUUGUGAUUUGCUUGUUGCCACUCCUGGUCGUUUGGUCGACUUACUUGAACGUGCUCGUAUUUCUCUUUCUCUUGUUCGUUACCUCGUUUUGGAUGAAGCUGACCGUAUGUUGGAUAUGGGUUUCGAGCCUCAAAUUAGACGUAUCGUUGAAAAGGAAGAUAUGCCUCGUGUCGAUGAUCGUCUCACUCUUAUGUUCUCUGCCACCUUCCCUCGUGAUAUCCAAUACUUGGCUCGUGAUUUCUUGAAAGAUUACAUUUUCUUGUCCGUCGGUCGUGUUGGUUCAACUUCUGAAAAUAUUACUCAAAAGGUCGAAUAUGUUGAAGAUGAAGACAAGCGCUCUGUCUUGCUUGACAUUCUUCACUCCAGCGAUAACAAUGGUCUUUGCUUGAUCUUUGUCGAAACCAAGCGCAUGGCUGAUUCUCUUUCUGAUUUCUUGUUGGAUCAUAACUUCCCCGCCACCGCUAUCCAUGGUGAUCGUACACAGCGUGAACGUGAACGUGCCUUAGAUUCCUUCAGAACAGGUCGUACCCCUAUUAUGGUUGCUACUGCUGUUGCCGCUCGUGGCUUGGAUAUUGCCAACGUUUCUCACGUCAUUUCUUACGAUUUGCCUACUGAUAUUGACGAUUAUGUCCAUCGUAUUGGUCGUACUGGUCGUGCCGGUAACACCGGUUUGGCCACUGCUUUCUUCAAUCGCAAUAACAAGAAUAUUGUCAAUGAUUUAAUCAACAUUUUAGAAGAAGCCAAUCAAGAAAUUCCUACCUUCUUAGAAUCCAUUGCCAGAGAAACCCGUUCUUUCAGUGGCCGUGGCCGUGGCCGUGGUCGUGGUGGUGCUACUUUCGGUGGCAGAGAUUACAGAAAGUCUAACAACAAUGAUUGGGGAUACAAUAAUAACAGCCGUGAUUCUGGAUUCCCUGCCUUGGGCGGUGGACGUCCCUCUUACAAUAGUGGUGGUUAUAACAAUAACAGCAGUAAUGUUCCUUUACAAUAUCAAACUAAGACCAGCUGGUUCUAA